CGUGCGAGGACAGCCAUAUUAGCACCCGCAAAGCCACACUUCCUUUGCAAAAAUCUCUCUCUCGGUCUCUUAGGACAAGAAGAAGAAGAAGAAGAAGAAGAAGAAGAAGAAGAAGAAUCAGAGAAAUUAGGGUUUCGAAGGGAAAUGGCAUUGGCUGGGCGCAUCAGAUCGGGCCUGCCUCUCCUCACCAAGGCUCUCCGCUCCGAUCCCCUCUCUGCCCACAGAUCCGCGCUUACUCUCACCAACUCUGAGUUCUCAAGGAAUUAUGCCACUACCACUGGGCAAAAGGAAGAGAAAAUUAAGGUGCCUCUAGCUUUGUUCGGGGGAUCUGGUAACUAUGCAUCUGCACUGUACCUAGCGGCAGUAAAAGGAAAUGCUCUGGACAAGGUUGAGUCUGAGCUUCUUGACCUUGUAGAGGCUUCUAAGAGAAGUCCCACCUUUGCUCAGUUCACAAAGGACCUCUCAGUCCCAGCAGAUACAAGAGUGAAGGCCCUCCAGGAAAUCUCUGCUGAAGCUAAAUUUUCUGAUCUGACAAAGAAUUUCUUGGUUUUGUUGGCUGAGAAUGGGAGGCUGAGACAUAUAGACAGCAUCGCUAAGAGAUUUGUGGACUUGACGAUGGCUCAUAAGGGAGAAGUGAAAGCUGUUGUGACGACUGUCAUUCCCCUUCCACCAGAAGAGGAGAAAGAACUGAAAGAAACACUUCAAGAAAUAAUUGGAAAGGGAAAGAAGGUUAAGCUUGAACAAAAGAUUGAUCCCGCUAUACUUGGUGGGCUGGUGGUUGAAUUUGAGCUAAAGGUCUUUGAUAUGUCCAUCAAGACCAGGGCACGUCAGAUGGAAAGGUUCUUGAGGGAGCCGAUAAACAUUGGCGCCCUGUAAAAGGUGUUAGCAUCAAUUCCUGCAGAUGCUUAAAGAAGGCAAAGGUUUUUUCCUGUUUGAUUUUGAUGCUUGUAAACUCGAAUAAGAAGCUACUUAUGUCUUCACACUUAUCAUCAGAGCAAUCGAUGGUGGAAUUCUUUUCUUUUGUAUGGAUGAGUAUUUUCACUUAAUGUCAUACUAACAUCCAAGUUCUUUUCA